AUGCUAGCUCAAGACCCCGAUAAUACGAACACCAUGGCAAAGGCCGGUGUGACCACUGUACCCAUAAAACCGGUCGACACCGUUAUCCAGACGGGUGUCGACCCUGUCGUUCCUUCGAUGGACGGAUACGAUCCCUUGCAAGCAGAUCUCGGACAACUUCUCUCCAUGGGGGAUGGUUGGGCUGAGCAGUAUCUCACCGCCUCGCCGACGUCGAUGACGGGCUCUCCGGACGACACGCCGCUGAACGAGUUCCUCAGCACGCCGCUCUUCGAUGACAUCCACGACCCCGUCAUCGGCGGGAUCGACGCCAAUAUGCCUCUCUUCGGCGGCAGCGAAGUGUACACCGGCGAUGUCGUCGUGCCCUCGGACGACAAGAUGGACGCGUUCCCGAUGGGUGGGCUCUACACCCUGUCGCCCUCAGCGUCCCCCGUCGACACCAUCGACCCUUUCGCGACGGACUUUGGGGCCAACGAUGCGGCCACGCCUGCGCCGGAGACGCCCGCGAGCAACAGCGGACGUCGCUCCUCUGGCCGCCCGUCGAAGUCCGGCGGUCGUCGCGCUCAGGCGACCGGGACGCGGCGGAACAUCUCCGUGAACCAGCUCGUGCCCCUCGACGCGCCGACGCAGACGCGCAACUAUCUGACGGAUUCAGCGACCUCGCGCAAGGAGGUGCCGGCCGUCUUCGCGAAGAAGAAGCGCGCACGGUCGCAGGCGUUCCCGGAGGAGGAGGAAGGCGCGAUCGAUCUCUCGCUCUCCAUGACGGAGCGUGAGCAGAUUGAGGCCAAGCGCCGUCAAAACACGCUGGCUGCUCGCAAGAGCCGCAAGCGGAAGCUCGAGCACACGCAGCAGCUCGAGGCUAGCGUGCAGUUCCUUACGGAACAGCUCGAGCUCUGGAAGGGGCGAGCGACGAUGUUGCAGGGGGUGUGCAGGGACCACGGCCUGCCGUGCCCUACGUUCGAGGACCAGUAG